UCAGUCCUGCUUUGCCCUUUGAAACUUGUGACUGGAGCUGGCUGCUAGACGUGGCCAACCCCUCUCCUUAUCAGCAGCUCGCUGCUGUUGCGUGAUAGUGGCGGGUUCCAGGGGAAAAGAAUUGGAGCCUGUUUGUUUGUUUUCGUAAGAACAUGUUAGUUCCCAUGUAAUUCUUCUGUAGCUUUACACUUGGGCUCUUUUCAAUGGGACGAGCAGAUCAAAUCUUUGUCCCAGAAACAUUAUUAGAGGGUGUGAUGGUUCACAGCUGGUGAUGUUGUUCUACCCAUGCUCUGUGAGGUUUUUCUCUACCCUUUCCAAGCCUUUUUAAAGUUAGGUAGAAUUUCUUCUGUGUUGACAAACGUGAAUGUAUUUGUACCUUGCUGCUACUGAGACGCAGAGGUCAGGGAAGUGUUUCAGAGGAGAACAGAGCAGAAUUAUUUAGAGAAAAUCAUUCUCAACGGUGUCGAUUCAGAAGAGUGCGAAACUGGAGGGGAGAGAGGACACUUCUGGAGAGGUCUGCCAUGUGAAGGUUGUUUGCUGGAACCUCUGCUAGAACUAGGGUUUGUUGGCACGCACGUUGCCACCUCAGCACAAAGUUGAUCUUUCCAGGUCUGUGUGUCUUUGUUUGAUGGGACGUCCCUUGUGCAGCGCAGCACAUGGCAGCCGCGAAAGCAAAUCCCAUUUCAGAGUCUCUGUCAGCAGGGGUGAAUCAAAGGGAGGCUCUGUCAGCUGGGAGUGACUCCUCAGAAGACCUUGGAAGAGCCUCAGCUCUGAAGAGAGGUUUGUGGCCACAGUCCUGAGCGGUCUGUGGGGAAGGUGCUCCCGAGCACCUCCAGAUGACGCAGGGCUGUGCUGAUUUUUUUCUGACCGAAAGAAGGCAGGAUGCUGCAGUCCAUGAUGUCUGUGAUGAGGUUCUCUGUGUCUGACAACGUCACACACUCUACUGCCCUGGUGACAGCACUAGAUAAUGUGACAACUUUGUCCCCAGAAACAAUGCAGGUGAUCAAUGACACCAACAUCACUGUGCCACACAAGUGCCUGCUGUUGCUCUAUGAGGACAUUGGGAAAUCCAGAGUCCGCUACUGGGAUCUUUUGCUCCUGGUUCCCAAUGUGCUUUUCUUUAUGUUCCUUCUCUGGAAGCUGCCCUCUGCCAGGGCCAAAAUCCGGGUCACUUCCAGCCCAAUCUUCACCACAUUCUACAUACUAGUGUUUGUGGUGGCUUUGGUUGGUAUUGCCCGUGCUGUUGUCUCCAUGACUGUGAGUGCCUCUGAUGCUGCCACAGUUGCUGAUAAGAUCCUGUGGGAGAUCACAAGGUUCUUCCUUCUGGCGAUUGAGCUGAGUGUGGUGAUUCUAGGCCUUGCCUUUGGUCAUCUGGAGAGCAAGUCGAGUGUGAAACGCGUUCUGGCAAUCACUACAGUGCUGUCUCUGGCAUAUUCUGUCACCCAGGGGACCUUGGAAAUCCUGUACCCUGAUGCCCACCUCUCAGCAGAAGACUUCAACAUUUAUGGUCAUGGAGGGAGGCACUUCUGGCUUGCCAGCUCCUGUUUCUUCUUUCUGGUCUAUUCCUUCGUGGUGACUCUUCCAAAAACUCCUCUUAAGGACCGGAUUUCUCUGCCUUCCAGGAGGAGUUUUUAUGUUUAUGCUGGAAUCCUGGCGCUGCUGAACCUGGUGCAGGGCCUGGGCAGUGCCCUUCUCUGCGUGGAUAUCAUCGAAGGACUGUGCUGUGUUGAUGCUACCACGUUUCUUUACUUCAGCUUCUUCGCACCUCUCAUCUAUGUGGCAUUCCUGAAAGGCUUCUUUGGGUCUGAGCCGAAGAUCCUUUUCUCCUACAAAUGUCAGGUGGAUGAACCUGAAGAUGUGGAUGUGCACCUACCCCAUCCGUACGCUGUUGCCAAGAAGGAGGGAAUGGACUCUGGGUUCUACUCCAGCACUCAGAUCGACACCACAGCGUACCUGGAUGACGUAGCCUCUAUGCCAUAUCACGUGGGCAGCAUCAACAGCGUAGACAGUGACCGCUGGAAAGCCAUCAACGCCUAAGGCAGGGCUACCCCCUUCACAUGAUGCCUCGUUCCUUUCCUUCUAAACACCCUGAUACACAGCUGUUAGGAUGUCCAUUGGAAGUCUGUCCUUGGCUCUCUGCCGUGGCUUUCCUCUGUUCCUUAGGAUUUCUGAAACCUAUCGUGGAACUAAGUUGGCAGCCCAAAUCCCGUUGGAAAGAACACUGUCACUACCUGAAAACAAUCUAGAACAGAUCUCUUCAUAAACCUCUGAACACCAAACCUUCGUGAUCCUCCAUGUUCCAGAUGUGAAUCUGAUCCAGAAGCCAGGCCUGACUGGUGCCUCCUGCCUCUCAGUGACUGACAGCACUUGUCUGCCAAUUAAGGGAAUGGUGUUUAGGGAUGAUGCUAUUGAUCUGACUGCUGUAUUCUACACAUAUUGAAAGAGUUUGGUGGUUUAAACCAAAGAUGGUCGUCCUGGGAUUUCUCAAGCAGCACAAUUGUCUGGGUCUUGUCAUAAUAUAACAGCACAGGCAGCAAUAGCAGUGUCUAAAGAGGGAAGCCAGUCAGCUGGGUUCAUCUCUGCUUUCAGCUAAUGCUAAUGAAAGCUCUAAGUUGCUAGGGUUUAAAAGGACUUUGUUGUGAGCGUGUGGGGAGGAGAAGAGGUAUGAAGAGGAAUGAACUGUCCAGUGUGCCCUGGGACUAUUUUGGGGGGCACAGGCUAGUAGUUUAGUAGCAUGGAUGUGAACUGACAGAGCAAUGGGGAGACAGAAGGACAGACAGCACGGCUGAGCUGAGGUAGCUGUGAAACAGUAUGGAGACUGCACCGCUGUGCGUCCGAGUUCACAGGGACAUCUAGGUGACAACACUGAGCCAGGGCUAAGUUUCAAGAAUAAAACCUGUGAGGUAGGGGUGUUUUACAUCUGCACCCGGCUUUAUGGCUCUGGCAGGGUCAUGGAGAGGGCUGCGAGGGAAGCUAACUCUGCAGAUGAAGGCUCCAGAGACAUUCAGAUACCGGAGGCAGAGCAGAAGUCUGUGAUGAAUCUGAGCUGUCAGUAUGUAGUGACUGGGAGCUCUCAAACACCAUAGGCAUUCUGGAAUCAAGCUGGCUGGUGUUCUAGGUUGGGAGGUGGGUGCUCUGCUACAGCUUCUGUUACGUUACAGUUCAGAUCCCCAGAUUUCUUCUGGUCUGAAUAGGUUUUAUGGCUUGUUAUAGUGGAAAUAGUUAUGUGCACGUAGAGUGUGGUUCAUUUAAAGACUGUCUGGGACUUACUAAUCUCUUCCACACUGGAAUGGGGACUGUUGUCAGAGCUGUCUGGCAUGCAGUUCCAUAACAUUGUGUUCUAAUCCAGGGACCGUUAGCUGAAAUCUGCAGUAGACUGGUUUCUGAGACAGAUUGUGCUCUCCAAGGACGAAGAGGUUUAUUCUUCUAGCUUUGGGGGUGCUUUCCUACCUGAGUCCUACAGGUAGGUGGAGAUCUGCUAUAGUAACUUUCCACUAAAAAUGAUAGAAAGGGAAUUGGAAACACUUGAGUACCGUGUACAUCUCUUGCCACAACUCACUGCUAUUUCUGAGAAAGAAUACUGAUGUAAGAGUUUCUAUGAAAUCAUCAUGCAGGGUGCAGUGUGGAGGUAUUGGUUUGGGUCAUGAGUAGGUAGGGGGAAGCAUUGGCUACUCGGUGUUCCCACCAUAGAGGAAGAAACAGUUUGGAUAAGAACACAAAGUUCGUAUCAGUUGCCGAAACUAUGCAGGCCCUCUGCUUAUCUUUUUUUUUGUUAAUGAGCAAUGCAGCCUCUCUGUUCUGCUGCCUGUGGACUUUGCCCUGCAGGCCUCUAAGUAGCAUAGACAGCUUUAAAAAAAGAAAAAAAAAAAAAGAAAAGAAAAAAAGAAGAAAAAGGCUUCCAUGUGUGAGAACUAAAUUUUCCCAUGUGGAUCAACAGCCUCUCACAUUUCCCUUCCUUGUAAUGACUGUGAAAGGGGUGGACAAGCAACUGGCCAAGUCAGUCCUUGCCACAUUAGAGAAGUGUUCUCUGCUCCUCCCAUUGCUUGCUGUGAAUCGGCCUGAGCCACGCUUGCUUGCCUAAUCUAAAAGGGAUGGAUGAUAUGUUGCCUGAAUUGUCCUACUUCUCCUAAUGCUGCUUACAACACCGGUCCUGAGCUGCUGUUUGGAAGUGUGGGGAAACCUGCAGAGCUUCCCUGAAGCUGGUGGGUCUUGGACAGGUCUGAAAGAUCUGAAAGUCUAAGCAGUUGAGAAAUAAAGGAGCAAAUACUUUUCCAUCCCAAGGAGUAUUCACUGACUAACACCCUAAGUGCAGGGACUUACCAUCCCUCCUUGGUGCUGUGAAGAGCAGGUCCUGAAUUUGCCUCCUUAUCAGCUGAAUUCAGUGCUGAAGGAUCACCGGUGCAGGUGGUCACCAUGUCCAUCCUGUCCGUUGCCGGCAGGGCUCCAGGAUUUCUGGAGUGUCCUGUGUUCUGCUGCUGAGGAGCUUCUGCGCUGGGUCAUGGACUGACCUUCCUCCAGUUGUAUAUGUAUAUAGUGCUUUGGGCCAUGUCCACAAUGGUCCUCGAGCAGAAAUGUGUUGUGUGGGGGGGGGUGCAAAGAGACUAAAUAUAGAAUAAAUGUAUAUAUAUUUUUUGUAAAAUAAAGAGAUAAAAUUGUUUGG